AUGAUGUCUCUUGAUAUAUCUGACAGUACUCAAAUCUAUGCUGCAUUUGUGGUAUACCUGGACCUCUUAGAAGGGAGAAACUGGCAUGAAGUGAAGUAUGUUGGAGUAGCAGAAUUGCAGCUCGUAUGUUUACAUGCACGUGAAAGAGAACAGGACAGUCUCCAAGUGAUGGUGCCGGUACCUGUGCACAUAUUGUUGAGCCAUGAGAGGAUGAGAGAGAUCAUGAAGAAAGCGUCACUCCCACAGGAUGAUCCUGACACCCCGCUGUCAGUUACUUUGGCCAUAGUUGAGUCAGAUUCCACAGUAGUCUACUAUAAAAUGACUGAUGGCUUUGUAAUACCAGAUCCUCCUGACGAUACUGAAGAUACAGACAAUAAACAGUGGAGAAAGAAAAGAAAGCUUUUGAAGUGA